AUGACGGAACCUGAGGACUUCGCCAGCCUAGCUGGACACUGGAACGACUCCGACACUUCCCAGUUCAGCCCGGCCAGUGUCAUCGUCCCGGUCAUCUUCUCCCUCAUCUUCCUGCUCGGCGUGGUCGGCAACAGCCUGGUCCUGGCCGUGCUGCUGAGGAACGGGCAGAUGGGCCACAACAGCACCAACCUCUUCAUCCUCAACCUCAGCUUGGCCGACUUCUUCUUCAUCAUCUUCUGCGUGCCCUUCCAGGCCACCAUCUACUCCUUGGAGGGCUGGGUCUUCGGCUCGUUCAUGUGCAAGGCCGUCCACUUCUUCAUCUACCUCACCAUGUAUGCAAGCAGCUUCACGCUGGCCGCCGUCUCUGUGGACAGGUAUCUGGCCAUCCGCUACCCGCUGCGCUCUCGGGAGCUGCGGACCCCCUGCAACGCGGUGGCAGCCAUGGCUGUCAUCUGGGGUCUCUCCGUGGUCUUCUCCGGGCCUUACCUGAGCUACUACGACCUGAUAGAGUGGGAGGGAAGCUACAUCUGCGUGCCGGGGUGGGAGGAAUGGCGGCGGAAGAUCAUGGACACCAGCACGUUCGCCUUCGGCUACGUGAUCCCGGUACUGAUCGUCAGCCUCUCGUACACCCGGACGAUUAAGUACCUGUGGACAGCCGUGGACCCCAUGGAGGACAUGUCCGAGUCCAAGAAGGCCAAACGCAAGGUCACCAAGAUGAUCAUCAUCGUGACCGUCCUCUUCUGCCUGUGCUGGCUGCCCUACCACGUGGUCGUCCUCCGCUACCUCUACGGAGACUUCCCCUUCAACCAGACGACCUACGCCUUCCGGCUGCUCUCCCACUGCAUGGCCUACGCCAACUCCUGCCUCAACCCCAUCGUCUACGCCCUGGUCUCCAAGCACUUCCGCAAGGGCUUCAAGAAGGUCUUCAGCUGCCUCCUCAGGAAGAAGGCCCGCAACAAGGUCCACGUCGUCCACGCCGCUCAGACCGUGCCCGGCUUCGAGGCGGGCUCCACCGAGGUGUCCCAGAUGAACGAGGACCCCAACGGACAGCCGCACGGGAGCGACAUGGACCCUAUGCCCUUCAUGAUCCCCUCAGAGACAGCGAGGGCCCUCCACGCUUCUUAA